AUGAAACAUUUUGUUUUUAAAAGCCAUGAUGGUUAUGCAUCAGGCAAAACCGCUCUAAAAUUCUCCACCAGACUUGACAUAAUUGUAGUAUCGCAUUUAAUAUCUCUAACAGUUUUGCAUUUGCAGUUCUUUAGGGUUGUAGGAAGAAGGCGUGCUAAGCGGAAAUUGGAGCAUCAAAGGCGACGUGCAAGGAAUAUAGCCAGCUGUAGAUACACACUUCCAUUCCGGUUGGAUGUAUGUAUCGAUUGCAGGUUCUCGUCGAAAAUGAGUGAUAAAGAAAUAUCAAAGUUAGUUAAGCAACUGGGUCGAGUGUGGGGACUUCAAAAAAAGUAUUCAGGACUAGAAGUUACGCUUUCUUUGCCUUGCGAGAGGAUUUUAAUUGAAGGACGUAAAGUUUUGUCUGGUUUCAGUAAUUACAAAUGGAAGAUUUUGCAAUCUCAACCUUAUUAUGAGGUAUGUAACAAAUCAUUUGUGUACCUUAGUCCUGAUGCUAGUUUGCCUCCACUUCUUAGUCUUUCUGAAAAUGAAGCAUAUAUUAUUGGUGGUCUUGUCGACGAGAGUGGUGCCGGUUCUUUAUCUAAGGAUGCUGCAAAUCGUUUGGGCGUCAAGGCAUGCAGACUACCGAUACUAGAGUUUAUGAAACGGAAGAAGAGUGGGACAUACAAUGUUAUGCUGCCUAUAAAUCUCGUUGUGGAGAUCUUGGCUGGUUUUGCUUUAUCCAAACAGUGGGUGUUGACCUUAUCAUCUCUGUUGCCUCCAAGAAUAGGUUAUGAAGCGCAUUCGUAG